GAGAUGGCGCGUACUGCAUUGGGCCAACGCACCAGACCUACCCGUGCUCGACCAACAAGGGCCUUCUGGAGUUCAAUAGCCCAGCCUUGUACCUGCAUUUGGACAACCUGGAAUCCAAAAACCUUCAGCAGGGGCAGGCAGAGCUGACCUUUGCGGACGUCACAAAAUUACCAGGUGACAAGUCUCCUGUAACGCUCCUGGCCACGGCCUUGAGCCGCUCCCAGGGCCUCAGUGAAGCUGAAACGGGCCUCCAUGGCCACGUGGGCAGCAUUGGCUUCGAAUCCGGCUCGGAAGUCGAGGUGCAGUUCAUCCUCAUGAGGCAGGAUGACCAGCGAGAGAUAAAGGCGAAAAUGCUGAUGAUCAAGUUCCUCGACAUAGCGGACGGCGCUACCCUGCAGGCGUUGGCAGCUGAUCAAGCAUUCACAAGCUACGAGACACAGCUAUCGGUAGACAGCUCCCAAGAUGGCAAGUUGGCGGUCACGUCCCAAAUGCCUGGAGCUGCACCACCAAAGGAUCCGCUCAGUCUCAGCCCACGGCAAGAGAUGCACGCCGUUGCAGUUCUUUGGAAG